CGGCCGCUAGAUGGCAGUGGGCGUCCAAUCUUUUUUUCCGACAGGACGCGCGUGGAUUUUCGACAGCAGCGAUUGGUUCAGACACCACAGACGGCUCAGAGUGUGGCUGCAUGAGAGUGUGUGAAUUUCCCUUGCUCACACACACACAGACUGAGGUCUGCACACAGAGACACACACGCGUCACUUUUUGGACAACACCAAUCCUCGCGUUCCGUGCAGUGACAACAACUUUGACAAUCAACUUGUUCGUGAAAAAUCAAUUGAUCCUCCAAAUUGGUGUGUGUGUGUCAUCAAAAGUGUCUUACACAGUUGGUUUUUCAUUUUGAAACUGCACAGCAGACGGCUCCAGCGCGGCCAUUGUUCUUCUCUGCCCCCCCACAAGUUUUUCUCUUCAAAAUCCCCGGAAACUUCAAUUUUUUCAUUGGGGAGGGGAUUUCUCUCUCGUUUUCAAUUUACCGGCCAUUUUCCGCGUCGAAUUCUGUUAUUCGUGGAUUGGGGAAAAAUCGAUUCAACUUUUGGAAGCAAUUUUUGUCUGGUAAGCCGGUCGAAGGAGGAGGAGGGGGUCUGUGUUGUUGGAAAUAUUUGCCACCAGUCUCGCGUCCAAGAUGGAGGAUUCCAUCAGCUGUGGAGUAGCAGAAAAAACCAGCAGCAGCUACAACAACGCGGCUCAAGUGCGAGUGGUGUGAGUGGUGGUGGUGUAUGUUAUAUCGUGUGUGUGUGUGUUUUUCGCUUCGCCACCUUUUUUUUUUAAAUUCCUGAUAUCAUUUGGGGGUCAAAUUGAAACCACCCGCGAGAUUCGUCUCGACAAGAAACACAAACGUUUGGCAAGAAGAAAGUGUCGUGUGAGUUUUUGGCUAUUCAGUGUGCACCCCCACCUCGUGUGUGUGUGUGUGUGUGUGUCAGUGAUCAUCUCACCCAAAAAAUUCGAAUCGAAAAAAAAAAAUUGAAUCGAGAAAAAGAAAUCAGAAGAAAUCGGUUGGAAUGCAAUUCGUCAUCGACUGCUGCCGCCAUCUUUAAUCCUGCAAAAAUCACAUUUUCGUCGAUUUUCGCCAGGAGACCGCGCCGCUCCGCUGUGGAGGACGACGCCGUCGACGAAUCGCCGUGGCUGGACCACCGCGACCAAGCGACCCGCCGCCCGAACCCGCUGAUUGACCAUGAGCAAAGAGAGUAAGGAGAAGAGAGACAAGAAAGGGGGCGGGGCAGCCGGACAAGCCAACCAGCAACAACAAGCCCCUCCUACCUCGUCGUCGUCGUCGUCAUCGUCGUCGUCGUCGUCUUCGUCCGUGUCUCCUUCGCAGUCGUCUCAGGGCUCUUCGGCCCCCGGCUCCAACGGCGCCAACAACGGCGUCAACAACGUGUCCAGCGUCAACAACAACAACCUUCAGUCGGAGAACAGUCCGACGACACCGGCCACAGCGACGUCUUCCGUUCCGCCCCUGCAGCAGCAGCAGAUACAACAACAACAACCCACCACGCCCACCUCGUCGUCCAGCACGUCGUCAGCCGUGUCCAACUCUUCAUGCCCCAGUGCCGAUCCAUCACCUCCGCCCCUACAAGGCGACCCAUCCGGCUCCAGCACGGUGGCCGCCAAUCACAAAGAAGAUCCCGGACUCGGGCUGCAACAACAGCAGCAACAACAACAACAACAGAGUGUGUCAUUAGUGAGCAAUGGUGAGAACAACUCUAGUGAUCUUUUGUUAACGCCGGGUGACGGUGUCAACAAUCACCAACAUUCGCCGUCUUCAGUGAUCGGAGGCUCCGGGGCGCCGUUGGCGUCGUCACCGCAACAACAUGGCAGUGGCGGUGGCAUUGGCAAUCAUCUGACGAGCAACGGACCUCCCACUCCAUCUUCCGGCGGUGGUGGGUCGAGUCUGAUUGACCUCAAAGGACCCAAUAGCAACAACAUGGUCAACACGAACGGAUCUCUCCUGCCAUCCGGCAUGGAGAGCUUCCUCAACGAUCCCGGACAGGACACAUUUCAUUUCUCGCCCAUCGAGUCGGUCAAAUCCGGCGGUGGUGGCGAAAUUAUGGGUGGAUCCGGACCUGAUGGAUCAGGUGGACCGGACGGAGGUAUUUUCGUCAACCAGUUACUGAAAAUGGAAGACGGCCUAUCCGGAACAGAUUUCGGCCAUCUUUCAGAUCCUUGCCAGGGGAACCCGAUGGGAAUGGGCAUGGGAAUGCCCGGCAAUGUGAUGAUGGGUGGCGGACCGAUGAUGGGCGGCCCAAUGGGUGGCCCCAUGAGCGGGCCGAUGGGUGGACCUAUGGGUGGACCAAUGGGCGGACCCAUGUCCGGCAUGGGAGGACCGGUUGAUGGCAGCAUGAUCGGCCAGUCGCCUCAGCAGCAGCAGCAGCUGUUACCACCUCAACAACAGCAACAACAACCCAUCAAACAACAGCCGGGCAACAGCACGAUGGAGGCGCAGUACAUGCAACAGCAGUCGCAAAUCUUCGUGUUCAGCACCAAUCUGGCCAACAAGGCGGCCGAGUCGGUCCACCAAGGCCAGUUUCAAACCAUCAUCGCCUUCCACUGUUCCCAGCCGGGGACGAAAAAGAUUCUAGAGAAAUAUCCGCCCAAGAAUCCAAACAACCGUAAUCCGCCCAACUGGAUGCAGCAGCAGCAACAACAAAUGCAACAACAGCAAAUGCAUCAAAAACCGAAACCUAUGCAGCAGCAGCAGCCGGGCGGACCGAAUCCUUACUGCCAACCGAACAUGCCUAUGAAAGGCAUUGGAGGCCAUUUCGGCACAGGGCCAGGCCCUGGACCCGGCCCGGGUAUGAGUCCUAAUCCCGGGAUGGGAGGACCUGGAGGCAUGAGUGGACCGGGUGAUUUCAAUCAAAUGGGUGGCCCUAAUCCGAUGGGUGGAUGGAAUCCGGGCAACGAACCGAUGAUGUCCAAUAUGUCGAUGCCAAUGUCGAUGCCCGGACAGGGUAUGAUGCGCGGGCCACCAGGAUCUCAACAAGGCAACAUGGGGCCGUACGGUCAGAUGGGAAACACUCCCGGUGGCCCGGGUGGACCCGGCGGAAUGAUGCAACAGCAGCAGUGCUGCCCAACAGGCCCUGGCGGCCCCAACCAUCCGACAGGGAUGGUACCUUGCGGUCCGGCUAGUGGUGGCGGCCCCGUUCCUUGCUCGUCGGCCGGUCCGAUGGGAAACCCCAGUGGGCCAAUGUGCGCCAACAAAGGUGGGCCCGGCGGAAUGGAUGGAUCCAUGGGGCAAAUGGGUGGCCCUGGGUCGGGUGGGGGAAUGAUGACGGGUAUUCCGGCCGGAAGUCCAAUGGGCAUGGGAGGACCUCCCGGACCAGGUGGACCCAUGGGUAUGGGCAACGGCGGCCGUCCUGGCAAUGGAAAUAUGCCCAGUGGACCCAUGAUGUCUCAAUCAAUGCAAGCCGGAAACAUGAACAUGCCUCAAGGAGUGAAAAUUCCCGAUGAAAACUUGACGCCUCAACAGCGACAACACCGCGAGGAGCAGCUGGCCACUAUCCGGAAGAUGCAGCAGCUUCUCUUUCCAGAAAAUGCUGGCCCAGACGGUGGAGUUGGUGGUGGCAUGAUGGGUCCUGGAUCGAGUGGAAGUCCUUGCCCUCCCGGACCUGGCAACCAGCAGCCCGGCAUGAUGGGCCCGAUGGGAGGUGGGCCUGGUGGUCCACCGGGAAACCAAGGCGGCAUGAUGAUGAUGUCACAACAACAACAACCUCCUCAUGGGAUGAUGCCCGGUGGCUCUGGUCAAAUGAUGAUGCCCGGCGGCCCCAACCCGAUGAUGCAGCAGCAACAGCCGCAACAACAGCAUCAGCAACAACCGCCUCCUCCUCCACCCCAACAGACGACAACUUCCAAACCGCCGGCCAAGAAAAAGCGAGCCGGAGCGGCGGCGGCGGCAGCAGCGGCCGCCGCAGCUGCAGCUGCAGCCAACAACGCCCAGUCGGGCGGUCCAAGUCCAGGCGGAAACAACGGCCCUUCCGGACCGAUGGGUUUGAGUGGCGGCCCGAUGGGUGGCCCACCCAUGGGCGGAAUGAUGCCCAUGAACAUGCCACCUGGAAUGGGAAUGCCUGGCCAUCCUCAGAUGCAAGGCGGACCUAUGCAACAGCAACAACAAGGCGGCCCGAUGGGACCUGGAGGAAUGGGCCCUGGCUCCAUGGGUAUGCAAAUGGGAAUGGGCGGACCUAUGGGCUCGAUGGGAGGACCGAUGGGAGGACCUAUGGGCGGACCUAUGGGCGGCCAAAUGGGAAACCAGAUGGGAGGACCCAUGGGUGGCCCGAUGGGCAAUCAGAUGGGCGGCCAAAUGGGAGGACCUAUGGGUGGUCAGAUGGGACCCAUGAUGGGCGGCCCUAUGAUGAAUCAGCACAACAUGGGUCCAAUGGGACCCAUGGGCCCUAUGGGUGGCCAUAUGGGUAACCCAAACAUGAUGCCGAUGAAUAUGCAACCGGGUGGACCUGGAUCAGGCCCAAGUCCGGGUCCUCGAUUACCUCAAGGCGGCCCAGGCAAUAUGAGAAUGCAAGGACCACCUCCACCUUAUCACCAAACGCAGCGAUCGGCAAGUGUGCCUGGAUCGAUGACGAGUCCAGGGCCUGGCCCGGGCUCACCGAACGGCACUGCCGGCCUAUCCAUGCCUUCACCUCGGACCGCUUCAGGUCUCAAUUCCCCGGCUGAUGGCCAGCGAGGAGGUUACCAACAGCAACAGCAAAGGAUACCAUCGGGACCCAGCCCGUCUUCCUCUAACCAUUUGAAUACUCCGCUCGACUCCCCCAAUCCCAACAACGGCGGCGGAGGCCGGUCGAUGAACCCCAGUAAUCCCGGUACGCCUCUGGCUGGACCAGGACCGCCUCAUGUCUCUCCCGGAAUGGGUAACCUCAUGUCUGCAGGGCAACCUCAACCUGAUGGCGUGUCUUUUGGCCGUCAGUUGCAGUCAUUCGCUCAGCAGAAACAACAGCACGGCGGCCAGCAGCCGAAUAAGCAGCAGCAGCAGCAGAACGAGCCCAAUUUGAUGCCCGUUCCGUCGCCGCAGCAAAUCCAGUACCUGAACGCGUUCGAGGCCCAGGAGCUGACCAUUCAAAAGCAGCCAAACACCAGCUUACGGGACACGGACAUUCUCUCGCCUUCUUUACAAUCUGGGAAUAUGGACGGCAGCGGAUUAGGCUCUUCUUGUCCGGACUCUCAGGGCAACAACAAUCAAGGUCAGGGCCAUAAUCGAGGCAUGUCUGGUCCCAACACCCCGCUCACGCCGUCUUCCAACGCCAACGACUCGCUACCGCCUCGCUAUCCGGGCCAUAAUAACUCAUCUUCCGGCGGCGGCGGUGCCGGCCCCCAAACGCCACACACGCCCAAUCCUACCAACCCGUUUACCGUACCCAGUCCCAGUCCGGCCGGUAGCAAUAAUCAGUGUCAGCAGCAGCAACAACAGCAGCAACAGCAGCAGCAGCAGAGCUCUAAUCAAAACAGCAUGGCUGGACCGCACACUCCUCUGGCUCCUACGGAGAAGGCGCGCUAUCCGGGCCCCUCACCUGGCCAGCAACCUCAACAGCAGCAACAGCAAGGACCCAGGACGCCCGUCAGCAGCAGCAUGGACGGAAGUUCUGGUGGAAUGCCUCGAACGCCGGGCAGCAUCAACAUGGACAUGAUGGGCGGCGGUGGUGGUGGUGGAGGAGGUGGAGGAGGCAAUCGGUAUCCGGGCUCCAGUCCGCAAAUGCCGGGAGGCCCUGCCAGUGUCGGUGCUCCUGGAUUUAAUCAGAAUUCCGGUGGUCCCAUGAUGACUGGGCAAGGACCAGCUUCUUAUCCAACUGGUCCUGGAGGAGGAGCCGGAAUGAAGAUGCCUUCCUCGCCUUUCCCCGAUUUGUCGUCACCGCGAAUGGGCGGUGGAGGAGGUGGAAUGGGUGACAUGAAUUCCGGCGGAAACUAUCCAGGAGUGCCGUCUGAUAUGCCGCUCAAUCCUGGCGGAACACCCAACAACGCCAUGGGGCCAUCGCCAAUCUCAUCCGGGCCUUCCAACAACAAAAUGUCAACUCCUUUCGACCCAAUUUCGUCGAUGGCGCAAAUGUCGCAACAACUGACGAGCCAAGUCGGCCCAGGACCCCCUAUGUCUUCAACGCCUCCACCUUCCAUGAUGAUGAUGGGUGGCCCUAACGGAAUGAUGGGGCCUGGUGGAAUGAUGGGCGGCAUGGGUCCUGGUGGAAUGGGCGGACCAGGCGGCCAGAUGAUGGGACAAUUCAACCCGUCGAUGCACGGCAUGCAGGGAAUGCCUCAACAAAUGAACGAUCCCAAUUCUAUGAUGAUGGGGCCCGGUAAUGGUGGGCCAGGACAAUCUGGACCUGGAAUGAAUAUGCACGGAGGCUAUGGACCUGGACCUGGUCCGAUGAUGGGUCCUGGAGAUCCGUCAAAAGGUGGCAUGAUGAUGGGAGGACCUCCAAGACCGUCGAUAUCACCAGCUGGGCCCUUCCCUGGACCCGGCAUGCAAGGAAUGCAACAACAGCAACAAGGACCCAUCAAUGGACCGAUGGGCCCCAUGUCAGGUGGCAUGCCUAGAAUGAUGGGUGGUCCUGGUGGAAGAGCCCCCGGACCGUCCAGCGGAGGCCCAUUUAACGGAGCCAACGUUCAAGUGAAAGCCAGUGCACCUAACACGAUCCAGUACCUACCAGCCAGACCUCAAACAACAGCGCCCAGCCCUAGAGGACCACCCAGUUUGGAAUUCCUUCAACGUUUCACUGGACCUAUGUCCGGCAACAUGGACGGUGGGAAACCAGGCCCCGGAGGAGGAGGACAAAAUCAAAUGUUCUUCAACAGCGGCAAUGGUGGAGGUGGGCCAGGAGGUCCUCAUUCCGGAAUGGGAGGCAUGCCUAUGAACAUGGGCGGGCCCAACGGACCUGGUAUGGGACAACAGUCUGGAAUGGGAGGACCUAUGGGCAACAUGAACAUGGGCAACAUGGGUCCUGGAGGACCGAUGAACGGACCAGGAAGUGGCGGCCCCGGGCCUGGCAACAUGAUGAACAACCCGAUGGGUGGACCUAUGGGUGGCGGAGGAGGAAUGAACGGACCUGGCCCCGGCGGCGGAGGCGGCGGUGUCAUGAGCCCAGGCAACGGCGGAAUGAACGGACCUGGCCCAGGAGGAGGAGGCCCGAUGGGAAUGCAACAGCAGAUGGGCGGCAUGGGAAUGAACAACGGCCCCAUGAUGGGUGGACCUCAAGGCCCUAUGCAAAUGCAGAGGCAUCCCGGACCAGGACCGAUGGGCAUGCGACCGCAACAGCAACAACAAAUGCAAUACGGCGGCCCACCAGGCAAUCCGAUGGGCAACGACCAAGGCGGCAUGUACAUGGGUCCAGGUGGCAACAUGGGAGGAGGCGGAAUGGGCGGUGGCCCGAUGGGAGGAGGUCUAGGCAAUAAUCCCAUGAUGAUGGGUGGCGGAGGAGGAGGUCCCAAUCCCAACAUGUACAAUCCUUCAUCCGGCGGUGGCAAACCUUCAUCCGGCCCAGGCGGAGAUCAGAAUCAAGGCCCGCCAGGCGGCGGCGGAGGAGGCGGUGGACCAGGUGGUUUCAAAUCUUCGCCGUUCAUGGGUCCGACGACAGCCGAUCCCAACUAUGCACAACAGUUCCAUAAUUUUCAGCAGCAGUUGUACGCCACGAACACGAGGAGUCAAAUGAGCAACAACCAACAACAACAGCAGCAACAACAACAGCAGCAGCAACAGGCCAUGGGAGCGGCCGGCCAGCCUGGCAACUUUUUCGGCCACAAAUGAAGAAAUUAAAAAGCAAUAAUUAAAAAAAAAAGGAAAAAAAAAGAGGAAAGAAUGUGUGUCUGUGUGAUCGAGUGUGUGAGUGCGUCCGUGUGUGUGUUCAUAAUACAUAUUGUUGAACAAUGUUUUCUCUCUCUGACUGAAGAACAGCAGCAACACAGAAGAAGAAAAAAAUCGGCCGGCCGGGUGCUCAAUUGGCUUUUUCAACAAGGUGCAGAUUCUGACUGGCUACCCCCUUCACGUUCUUCAUUGCGUCUCCCACCGCCUCCCCCAACUCCUCCUGUUGUGUACAGUGUUAUCGCGUGACAUCUCGUCCACCUUUUUACACCACAUUCGAAGUUGCUAGAAAAUUGAGAGAGAGAUUAGAAUUACAUCCCGCCGACCAAUAAUUUCAAGAAAAUUCAUCGAUCAAGAUAAACAACUAAAUUUACCCUGGAACUUUUUUUUUCGCUUUUUUUUUCAAAUGUCCCGCGUGAAAAUCAUCAGAUGACUACCUCAACUUGAUUUUCGGAUUCAACAAAAAAUAAACAAAAAGCCCUUUUUUUCAAUCUCCUCUCUUCUGGCUCCUCCGUUUUUUUUUUGUUUUCAAAAAUGUCCAGGAUUUACAAAAAAAUUAAAUUGAAAGAAACAACGCUCUAUUAUUCUUAGAAAGAAAACCGUCGAGAUGUGCUGUGUUUAUUAUUAUUUUUCUCUCGUCUCUUUUGCAUGGCUAAGAACAAUAAAAAUAAUUAUCAAUUACGCUCUCGUAAAGGUGUGUGUGUAUGCGAAUGGAUUGUGUGCGUAUAUUCUGCCCUUGUUUAUUUGUUUAUUAUUAUUUCUCUGUGGUCUCCCUAUUGGAAAGUGUUUCACUGUCGAAUGUCACUCGCGUCCCGUGUGUGUGUGUCCACUUUUUCUUUGUUUGAUUUCAUUACGUGUCAUAUGAAAAGAUGCGGCUGGAAGAGUAAGAAAAAAAAAAGAAAAAAGGCCCAAAAUACUGAAAAUGAUGGAACUCUAAAUAAAAAAAAAAAAACAAGAAAUUGUGUGUGAGCGCACGAGCCUGUGAAUAAUACUUUGAGCCCGCCCCUUUGACUCUCUAUAUCUCCUCUGAUCACAAACGUUAUAAUAAUAAUAUCCUAAAUCUUGUUGACAUUGCCCACGCUGCGUAUAGGCGCGUGUUGUGUAUUCAUCCGUCAUUAAUUUGUAAGUGUGUUUCUUUUAAUUGUUUGAUUGUUUUAUUCCUGCAAUUUUUUGUGAAAUUUCGGUUUUCUCCGUCUAUCUACAUCUUUGUGCUGCAAACUGUUUUUUUUUUCACUCCCUCUGUCCUCGGCAAAACAAUACAUUGUACAUAGUGGUUUUUAUGAUA